CUCCCGCCUCGCCCCCGCCGUCACCCCUGGCACACGGCCCCGCGGCCGCCGAGCGCGGCCAGCGGCCCCGGGGAGGCGGCGGGGGCAGUGCCGGUGCCACCGCAGGCAUCUGGAAGGCUCCUGCUCGCCCGCCCCCCGCCGCCCGGACCCUCUCCCCUAUAAAUACAGGCGGCGGUGCCCGGCGAGCACAGAGCGUGGGGCCAUGCUGGGGCUGUGGGUGCUGCUCUGGGGGUCCCUGGCCCUGCGCGGCCGCGCCGACACCGCGUUCCUGCGCCGCGCCCCUGACAGCGCCGGGCACUGCACCUACUCCUUCACGGUGGCCAGCCCCGUCGAGGCCGCCUGCCCCGAGGCUGCCGGCGGCGUGCCCGAGCUGCGGGCGGAGCUGGCCGCGCUCGCUGCCCGCCUGAGCCGGCUGGAGAGCCGGGAGCGGGCAGGGGGGGGCGCGGGGCCCGGCGGGGCGCGGGAGCCCCAGCAAGUGUCGGCGGCCGUGCGGCUGGAGGCUGCCUACGGGGAGCUGCUGCGGGCCAAGGCCCGGCUGGAGGAGGAGAAGGGGCAGCUGGAGCGGGAGAAGGAAGAGCUGGGCAGGCGGCUGGAGAGCAGCGCCCAGGAGAUCACCCGGCUGCGGGCCGGCCGCUGCCCCCCCGGCAGAGACGGGCCCGGCCGCGACACCCUGCGCCCCCCCGGCAAGGCGCCCCGCUGGGAGCCGCAGCCCCUCACCUUCCAGGAGCUGCAGUCGGAGCGGACGGAGGUUCCCGUGUCCCGGCUGCUGGAGGAGACGGCGCUCGGCCGCCCGGGGGGCGCGGACUCAGGCUGCGGAGAGCUCGUGUGGGUGGGAGAGCCCGUGGUGUUCGGCCGGGCGGACUCCAUCGCUGGGAAGUACGGCGUGUGGAUGAAGGACCCCGAGCCCGUGCCCCCCUUCACGCGGGACACCACGUGGCGCGUGGACGCGGUGGGCACCGAGGUGCGGCAGCUCUUCCAGUACGAGGAGGCCGAGCAGCUGGCCCGGGGCUACCCCGCCAAGGUGCACAUCCUGCCGCGGCCCCUGGAGAGCACGGGGGCCGUCAUCUACCGCGGCGGGCUCUUCUUCCAGCCCCGCCACUCGCGCUCCGUGGCCCGCUACGACCUGCGGGGAGAGACCGUGACGGCCGAGAGGGAGAUCCCCGGUGCCGGCUACCACGGGCAGUACCCCUACUCCUGGGGCGGCUACACCGACAUCGACCUGGCAGUGGACGAGACGGGGCUCUGGGUGAUCUACAGCACCGAGAGUGCCCGGGGGGCCAUCGUCCUCUCCAAGCUGGACCCGCAGACGCUGGAGAUCCGCCGGACCUGGGAGACCAACAUCCGCAAGCGGGGAGUGGCCAACUCCUUCCUCAUCUGCGGCACCCUCUACACCGUCAGUAGCUACUCGGCUCCCAACGCCACCAUCAACUUCGCCUACGACACGGCCACGGGCGCCAGCCGGGCCCUCAGCAUCCCCUUCGAGAACCGCUUCCGCUACCUCAGCAUGCUGGACUACAACCCCUCCGAGCGGCAGCUCUUCGCCUGGGACAGCUUCAACAUGGUCACCUACCCCGUGCGCCUCUCCCAGGCGUGAGCUGGGGCUGGGAACGCGCCGCCUCAGCCCCCGGGACCCCCGUGUGUGCCUUGGCAUCCUGCUUUGCUCCGCAGCUCCCCCGGCACGGCCGGGAGCACCGGCCUUGGACAGCCCCGGGUGAGGGAGGGGCCGCCCGGGUCUCUGCUGGCACCUGCAGCGACACCCCCGUGCACUCGAGGGCAGCAGGGAGAGAUGAAGUGCUGCUCCAGAGCCUGGCGGAGCCAGAGAAACCUCUCCCCAGCCUCGGUGGGUUUCGGUUGGGUCACCGCAGCACCCAGCCCGGAGCUACUCAGG